GGGUUGGGUAGCAGUGCCGAUUGGUUGCUGCUCACCAACACAGGCAGUCUGGGCUUGUUUUAACAUAACCGGGGCACUUCGACAGCAGGCAAAAAUCAUGUAGUAAAUAAGCCGCUGUGGCUGCUGAGGGGACCGGUUGUGGCACACUGAAUUUCGCCGCUGUGUGGUGUUGCAGCGUGAUGGGGAUUUACUUGUUAUUUUGUGUAUUUUUAGGUGACAGUUUUUUCCAGGGGGCCGCCGCUGAUGAGGCGAUGAAGUGAAGAGAAUGAGAGCUGUGCCUUGGCCUACUACUAGUGCUGCUGCAGCUGGGAUUGUGCAGAUCCGCUUUCACAAACCGAGAAAAAUAGUCGCUCUGUGCCACAUUGUCAAGCCCCCGCUGUUGGUUUCACGGUGACCGACCUCCAAAUGGAUAUAGCCGUGACAACAUGAAUCAGUCAUACAGACCUCCUGUUAGGGUAGGCUCAGUGUUUGGCAAAGGCCAGCCGGAGCGGAGGCCCCUCAACGGUCUUGUGAGCACUUCCUAUGGAAACCAAUGUGGCAUCGCCAGACGUGGGUCAGAUCAACCGUCAUCCUCUAGCCUCAAGCAGCCAGCUGUGCUAGGUUACAACCAACCAGACCGAUCUCACUGCUACAGCCCGCUGAAGAGGCUGCAGGACCUGAACACUGUGGUCAACAGGCCUGACCUGGACAGGGACCUCCAUCCUAGGAACCACUUGCACUGUGCAAGCCCAAUCAGCGAUGAUGACGAGUUCGAGGCACCUUCUGUCCAGCUGCCUCCUUCUCCGGGCAAUGAGGACAUGGAGCCCUUGGAGACUCCGCAGGGCGCCAGCAGAAAUGGCUUCUCCUCUCACAGUCCUGACAGCUUGGAGCGCUGUUCCCCCAUCCCCAAUGGCUACCUGCAUUUUGAGUCAACACUGUUUGACACGAGUGACAUUAAGGACGAGGACGAGGAGGGGGAGCACAGUAGUAGCGAGGACUUUGCACCUUUUCAGGACUCUCCAAAGUUGAGUCUGGACCAAACUGUUACUGGCAGUAAGAACACAAGCAGCUCAGGGGCAGAUAAAAGAACAUACAAACCUACUGUCUUUAAUCUGAUGUCGAAAACUAUAUCUGAACUCCACCCUACACUAAGCCCCAGUGCACUGCCAGAAAUAACUAUGAGAGACGGAUGGAGUUUGGGUGAGGAAUCGGACAGUGAUGGUGAUCUUACCUCUCCUGUUGACCCUGGACUUAUUUCACCGGCUGGGACCAACUCUAAUUCCAACAGCCCAAAGAAAAAGCCUCUUCCUGCCGUGAGAUACAUAGAAGGGGACUUGGUGUGGGCUAAAUUCAACAGAAGGCCCUGGUGGCCCUGCCAUAUCACCUGUGACCCAGACCAGGGGACCAGCACUAAGAUGAAAGUUCCCAGUCCCCGUCCAUGUCGAAUGUAUUACCUGGAGACACUUGGGGAGAUUGUAGAAAGAGCCUGGGUACCAGGAAAUGCCGUUCUUCCUUUUGAAGGAGGUCAUCAGUUUGAAGAGCUACCUGUGCUUAGACGGAGAGGGAAGCAGAAGGAGAAAGACUACAAGUACACGAUACCUAAAAGUUUACUGACUGCGUGGAAAGUCAGUGUGGCAGAAGCUGAGUAUCUGCUCCCGGAGCGACGAAGGAAUACUGAGAGCGUGAUUUCUGUCAAUGGAGAGGAGUGUGUGCCCAGUCCACUACCUACUGUAAAGCCACAGGAGGCCCCCUCUGUUUCUGUGGCCCCAAGUCGAUCCCCAUCACCCAAUGUGGCCCCCAAUGGAAAUGAGCCCCAUCUCGACAAAAACUCUGCUGAAAUUCAAGCCAACAAGAGCAAAGCUUGUAAAAAGAAAAAGAAAUGUUUGUCAGACAUAUUUGGCCAUAUAGUUGGCGGAUCAAAGGAGUCAUCAACCAUCAGCAACGUGAUGGAUCAGUUUCAUACUACAACUCAUGCACUGAAAGAAGAGCCAAAGGACUCACCUUAUGCAGACCUGGAUUCAGUCCCAAUGUUGCAUCGUCCUAAACGCACAGCAGUUUGUCCAAUAAAGGAUGUAAACAGAUCGGUCAGAAAAGAAAAGGGUUCAACUCAAGCCAAGACAAAGGUUACGGAAAAAAUGAAUCAUUCUGUAGACUCCUGUGAAUCCUCUAGCAUUUUAACAAAAACAUUGACACCUAAAGAUCCAGACUGUGAACAGAGUUUGGGCAGCUGUAAUGAAUUGUCUUACAAUUCAACCGUAAAGCACUCUAUGACUCUUCCUGCGAGCAGUCGUCUGAUGACGAGAGCUCUGGAAGCAAAGGAAGACACAGAUCUCAAUGAUACACUGGCCACAAGCCAAAUCUCAACAGAUGCCCACGCUGAUGAUAUUCUUGCUAAUACACCUACUAAUGCACCCAUCAAAACUGAAAUGUCUCCACACUGGGAAUCCCCCAGCAAUGCAUCAUCUUCUACAAAUCACAGAUCUCCUAAAAGGCGCUCAAGGAAGCCUGACAAGAAACAAAUUCGUAAUGGCUCAUUGAUGAAACCCAAGUUUUUAGGCUCUACUGUAUCCACUGUGCAACCUGUUGAGAUCAAGACAGAAAAGAUCGUGCCAGAUCGUUCUUCAUCUUGCUCCCCGUCCUCAUCACUGUCACCAAUGGAUGCUUUCCAGGAUCCCAAGGAACUAAUGUUUAAAUCUUUAGUAAAGGAGGACAGUAGUGAUUCUGAGGCGACAGCGUUCCGGCCUGAUUCUAAUUAUAAAUUCAGUACCUUUCUGAUGCUCCUGAAAGAUAUGCAUGAUACCAGAGAAAAAAAAGGUAAACCCCUGACUGUGCCCCCAUCACCAGUCCUGAUCAAAGAGGAACCCCUGGUCAUCCCUACUUCUAUCCGAGGAAACACGGGUUCUUGCGAUGGUUUCGCUAUCAAAACAGAGAAUGGGCAGUCAGGGAAAUCCACAACAUCCCAAAACAGAGCAGUGAAACCCAAGAAUAGGACUAAAGCUAUCAUGACAGCUGACACCUACCAUUGUGAAGACUUUCCUGUUCACUCUCAGACUGGGUCCUCAGACAAGCAGCGUAGAAAACAAAGACUACCUGCCAAACUGAAACUCAGUAUACCUGGCCUCUCCUCAGACCUGGCUGACUUAGCUUAUGGCAGGGAGUUUGUUAGUGGUCACGCCGACUUGGCUAAUCCUCGGUCUCGUCCUCCCAUUGCUGCUGAUCCUCCGGCCAGCUACCUCGAUAAGAUCUCAGGAUCCACAGUGGCUCCAAAGAAACGCUGGCAGUUGGUUGAGGAGGCUGCUGAAAAUAAAGUUGAAAGCAUAAGUGAGAUCUCCACUGAGAUGAACGGGUCUUACGCCAUGAAAGCAUCGCCAGAUCUUUAUCAGGAAGUUGAGAAGCAGGCAGAGAGAGACUCGUUCACCUCGGAGACGAGCAGUUCUGCUGGAAAUUCAGAGAACAAACGUCUCCGCAAACCAACUAAAAGGCUCCUGGAAUCGACUGAGGACUACGAACAAAUAUUUGUCCCAAAAAAGAAAUCAAAGAAACACACCUCAGAAUCUUCCAAAAUGACAUCAGGGAUGACAGCACUCCAUGAUCUCAGCACAACACCAGGACUUGUUACCUCAGCCUCGACCUUGUCCUCGCCUUCUGCAGAGCCCACCGAGGCUCAGUCAGAGCUGGAACAGAGUCCAUCUCAGGAUGAGCUUUCUACAAUUGUAACCUCCGUAUCUCCGGCCACAACACAACCUUCUCAUGACACAGAGGCAGCAGAAGAAACUGAUCUACCUCCUGAAUCUGAUACAGGGUUAUUAAUACAAGAAAGAAAGAGGCCAAGAAAGCUGUCGCACAAGGUGCUGGAAUGUGCCAUAGAAGAAGUGGCUGCUGCUCCUACGAAGAAGAAGAAUCUAAAGCGAUACAGUGGAGUUACUUCAGAGAUGAAAGUGUUAGUCAAGAAAACUCAGGUUGGAUCUCUGAAGAAGGAGAAGCAUGUACCUGGCACGUCCUCUGCACUUGUGCCUGCUCCUGCCCCCCAGCACUCAGAGAGCAAAGAUCUCCUCGACGACCUCACUUCAGAAAGACCUCCCAGCCCCCGAGGAUCUAAGACCCCGAAGCAGGAGGCGGAGGUGGAGCUGGAGCCCUGCGACACUGAAGAGACACAAGAUGCACACACUGGAACACUAACUCCCAAACCAGAGGUGGUGUCUGUUGGGUCGAGUGACAGCCUCUCUUCCCAAGUGGAUGUUAAAGGCAAAAUAGGAGCCACGUCUUUAAAGGAGAAUGUGUGUCAGGUGUGUGAGAGGACAGGCGACCUGCUGGUGUGUGACGGCCACUGUUAUGGAGCCUUUCAUCCUCAGUGUAUUGGCCUGUCAGCGGCUCCCAAGGGGAAAUUCCUCUGUCGUGAAUGCAACACUGGUGUCCAUGUGUGCUUUGUGUGUAAGAAGUCUGGCAGUGGGGUGAAGCGCUGCAUGAUACCACUGUGUGGGAAGUUCUACCACACCGACUGUAUACUGGCCUUCUCAGCCACGCAGCCACAUAACAAAGGCUUUCGCUGCCCUCUGCACGUGUGUCUCUCCUGCCACAUCACCAACCCCCUCAGCAACUGCUCUAAAGGUCGGUUGGCUCGGUGUGUACGCUGCCCUGUGGCCUAUCAUGCCAAUGACAACUGUAUGGCAGCAGGCAGCUUGGUGCUGGCAAACAACAGCUUCCUCUGUCCAAACCACUUCACUCCCCGCAAGGGCUGCAAGAACCAUGAACACAUCAAUGUUAGCUGGUGCUUUGUCUGCUCUGAAGGGGGCAGUCUGCUGUGCUGUGAAUCCUGUCCCGCUGCUUUCCAUCAGGAGUGUUUGAAUAUGGAGAUGCCUCAGGGCAGCUGGUUCUGCAACGACUGCAAAGCUGGAAAGAGGCCUCGUAUUAAAGACAUUCUGUGGGUUAAAUGGGGACGAUACAGAUGGUGGCCUGCAGAGGUCUGUCUGGCUAAAGAUGUCCCAAGUAACAUCUUGAGGAUGAAACACGAGGUGGGAGAGUUCCCAGUGCAAUUUUUUGGCUCCAAAGAUUUUGUGUGGACGUACCAGGCCAGAGUCUUCCCGUACAUGGAGGGUGAUACUCACAACAUAGAGAAAAUGGGAAAAGGUGCAGAUGCAGUGUACAAAAAGGCGCUGACUGAAGCAGCGGAGCGUUUCAAAGAGCUGCAGGCAGAAAAGGAGAUGAAGCAGCUUCAGGAGGACAGAAAGAAUGACAAGAAGCCUCCUCCGUACCGGCACAUUAGGGUAAACCGGCCAGUUGGGAAGGUGCAGAUCAUUACUGCUGACCUGUCCGAGAUCCCCCGUUGUAACUGUAAAGCGUCUGACGAGAACCCAUGUGGCAUCGACUCGGAGUGCAUUAAUCGAAUGCUGAUGUACGAGUGCCACCCUCAGGUGUGUGCGGCAGGGGAGCGUUGUCAGAACCAGGCCUUCACUAAGCGCGAGUAUACACCUGUGGAGAUUUACAGGACGCUGUCCUGCGGCUGGGGCCUGCGUGCUGUGUCGGACAUCAAGAAGGGAGCCUUCGUGAGUGAGUAUGUGGGUGAGGUGAUCGAUGAAGAGGAAUGUCGAGCCAGAAUCAAACACGCGCAGGAGAACGACAUCUGUAACUUCUACAUGCUUACACUGGACAAGGACCGGAUCAUUGAUGCCGGACCCAAAGGGAACCAAGCUCGCUUCAUGAACCACUGCUGUCAGCCAAACUGUGAGACUCAGAAGUGGACUGUGAACGGGGAUACCAGGGUGGGGCUAUUUGCUCUACAAGACAUCCCACGAGGUGUGGAGCUGAAUUUCAACUACAACCUGGAGUGUCUCGGCAAUGGGAAAACUGUCUGUAAAUGUGGGGCACCUAACUGUAGUGGUUUCCUGGGUGUUCGGCCGAAGAACCAGCCAUCAGCAGAGAAACUCAAACUCAAGGAAGGGAAGAGAAGGAAGAAGACCAAGCAAGAAGUGACCAAGGAGAGGGAAGACGAGUGCUUCAGCUGUGGUGAUGGGGGCCAGAUAGUGUCCUGCAAGAAGCCAGGAUGCCCGAAGGUCUAUCACGCUGACUGUCUCAACCUGGCCAAGAGACCUGCAGGGCGAUGGGAGUGUCCCUGGCACCAGUGUGACGUCUGUGGUAAAGAGGCAGCGUCGUUCUGUGAGAUGUGCCCAAGCUCGUACUGUAAGGAGCAUCGUGAAGGCAUGCUCUUCAUCUCCAAGCUGGAUGGCAAGCUGUCCUGCAGUGAACAUGACCCCUGUGGUCCUGACCCGCUGGAGCCGGGGGAGAUCCGUGAAUACGUGCCCAGCAUGACCUCCAUGAGGCCCGGGGCCACGCCCCUCACGCUGGUCCCAGACUCCAGAAGAGCCGGCCCCGUCCCCAUCACCUCCUCUGCCGGCCAGGCUGCGACAGCCUUGCCGGGACCGCCUCCCCGCCUCUACAUCAACACAAAAACUGCUACCUCGAGCUUCGUCCCCUCCAACAGGUCCUACCUCGCAGACAGGACUGAAGGGAAUACGUUUUCCACCCCCACCUCCUCCAAGGACGAGAGAGAGGAUGGGGAAGUGGAGGAUGGGGAGGUGUGUGGGUUGGAGAUGGAAGACGUGGAAGACGACGAUGAUGAUGACGAAGACGACGAUGAAGAAGAAGAAGAAGAAGAAGCAGAGGAGGAUGAGGAUGAAAUGGAGGAGAUGGAGAUUGUGGAAGAUGAGGAGGACGAACCGGUGUAUGGAGGUGACCUGGUGGAGGCAGAGGAGGAGGAAGAAGGAGGGGACGUGUAUGACACUUGGGGUGAUUAUGUGGACGAAGAUGGGGAUGAUGGAGAGGUGGAGGGGGAGGACAUGGAGGAGUGGGGGAGGGUGGAGGACGAUGACAAGUGACUCAGUCCAUCUGCUCUUUCAGAACCACUCAGCAGAAACUCUCAGUAGACGUUCGAAGGACGAAAAAGUUAAAGAAAGACUACGAGAGUUUGUUAUUUUGGUACCUACCUGAACGCGACACUGCCUUCACUUUGGUACCGCGUUGCCUUCUCAUCCCCAGACUGCUGGACUGACAGCGGGGAACGUGUACUGGUGCUAAGGCUCGAGGAUUGGCUCAGUCCAUCUCUUUAUACUUAUGUCAAUAUGUUUAUUUGUGUCUGGUGCUGUUAUGUUCUUUUGUUCGUUCUCAACAUUGUUUACAUUUUUUGGCCUUUUUUUAACUUUUGGAAUAUAAGAAAAAGGUUAGAAGUUACACCUGACCAAACUGUCUUCAUAACGGCAUCUUGCGUUGUUGUUACUGUCUUUAACAUGUCCUAAUUACAAGAGUGAUCAGAAUAGUGUUCCCACUGGUCUAUGUUACAGUCAAGCACAACAAUACCUGCUUGGUGCUUCUGAGGAAUGCAAAAAAAAAAAAAGUAAACCCACUGGAGCUAUUGCGGGUUUGAGGUGAUUAAUCUCACUACGACAUCGGCCCGUUCGUUCCGCGAGUGCAUCCUUCUUUCCUCCAAACGGGUAGGUCAGAGCUCAGGAUUGGAGACGCAGAGAAAACAAAGUGAUGUCAUAACAUUUCAAAGAGUCAAAAGGCAUCACAGAUUUAACUAACGUUUGUUUUUCAUUCAUCACUGCUGUCCCAUUCACUAAGUUAGAUAAUAAAAUCUAAGUACUUAUUCA